UAUAAAAAUUGUUGAUUCUGUCAGAGAUCAGAGGCUUCUUGCAAGACUCACAAUCAGAUUGUUGCAGCAUCAGUCUUCAGUCUUCUUCCCUCCAAGCCCUUUUCCUGACGACACCCGGACGCUCAUAUCGAGCUCCAAGACUCUUUCCAGGCAUGGCGUCCACACAGAGGUCUGGCUCGAUGCUCUUGGCUUUGAUGAUCCUUUACUGGACGACUUCCUCCGUUAAAUCUGACCUGCCUUAUGAGGCAAGAGAUAGAGCUGAAAAAAUCCUAGAACAUGUGAAAAGUGAUCUGUCUCUAUUUCAAACCGCGGUCGAAAUUGCAGAUAAAACAAAAACCUUGACAGGUAUGAUGAAAAACCUUGCCAACUUUGCCGCGUUGGCACCUGGUAUUGGAGCUGUACUGUCCUCGGCCAUCAACAUCAUCUUGGUAUUCAUCCCUGAAGACAACCCGGUGCUCAAUGAGGUAAAGAAAGGGUUUGCUGAGGUGAACCGGAAACUGGACUCUCUCUCCGUCCAGAUCACCAACCUGGCAACAGAUGUGGAGUGGUACAACUACGUCAGCAUCUAUUCACAAGAUGAGGUCUGCAUCCUUGGCACUUGGAAAAAGUUUGAUGAAUUUUUCAAGAAUCAUAGGUCAAACAACUUUAACUACUUGGCUGAGUCCUUUGUUAACUACUACGAGUACACAAAGACAGAGGCUUGUGUUGCAAACCUUUACCACUACCUCACAGUCAGGGACCAGUCUCUCAGCAAAAACAUUAAUGACAUGCUGAUAAGAAAGUUUCAGUGCAGUAGUGAGGUUGGCAAGUAUAACUUUUAUUUAACUAGUCUGUUGUUGAAAGGAACUGUUCUCAAUAAGGUUUAUUGGAAACUGACUGAUUUCAACGCAGCACACAAAGAUGCUGAACAUGCUCAGAUGUUCAAGAAUGUAUUUGAAAAUCAGUUAGCAGCUCUGCAGGUCUGUGAGACCAAGUAUGAAGAGUAUGCAAGUAACACUGUGAAGGAAAUGGCCAAAUCCCUCAAUGCUGACAACAAGCUAGAGUUUGCUAAACAGGUGAAGCAGGAACUUGACAAGAAGUUGAGCUGGUACAACUGGGUAGUGCUGGUGUACGACAAAUCGGAAGAAAAAGCAGGAAAUAUAAAAGUGUUCUCUGUAUCAAAGAUCUCCAGCGGUGAUUUCAUUGUGGCUUUAGAAAACACCCUGAAAGAAGACAUGCAUCACAGUUCUAUGGUAUAUUACUCUGAGAAAUGCUUCAAUGAAGGCGAACCAUGUCAACUACCAUGUUCUGGAUCACAUGAACAAGAUCCGAUGGGUACGCUUCAUCAUCUUGAAAGUUUUUCCAAAAUACCCUAUGCCACGUAUAAAGAGGGAUUAGUCACAGUGGUCCCAGAGCCAUCCUAUCAAAGGACCUGUAUGUUGGACGGUUAUAAUUACAAACUUUCAUUGUAUGAUUCUGGGAGGUUAACUCCUUGUCAAUCUCAUCCAUGUAAAAACGAAGGAGAAUGUAAGGAGUUGAUGAAAACCAAUGACUGGCUGUGUGUGUGUCCAACUGGUUACUCUGGAGACGAGUGUGAAAACACUGUAGACACCACAUUGACAGAGAAUGCGCAAACCCUCUUUCCCCUGUCUGUCAUUAAGAGCACCAGUCAGAAACUGAAAUCCAUGGAGUCCAAACUGGACAAGAUUAUCACCUUGAUGACACCUCAGGACUGAGGUCAUGUUGAUUCGAGUUCUGCAUACUUCCAGCAGAUGGCAGUAAAGUCAUCUGAUGACAUGUCAGAUGAUGUAUUGCAGAGUUCUCUUAAAAUUUGUCAAAAUAAAUAUGGUGAAAUCAUA